GAUGGAGGUCUAUUAGGUGCCUGGAUGACAAGUGGACAGUUUAAGCCAAUUCCACAGAUCUUAAUAGAGCUGCCUCCCGCUGAACAGCAGAAGCUCUUUAAUGAAGCCACUGCCAGUGUCUGGCACUUGGAUUGGACAGCUGUGCAACUGACUACUCUAGUUAUGGAGCUAAUGGCGAUGCUGGUGAACUAUGUCACCAAAGAGCCGAAGGCUGAAAUUCAGUACAAUGACUAG